AUGCAGUCAGAGAUAACCUCCGUUAGUGAAGGAAGUUACGGUGUAUCUUCCCAAACCCCAAUUAUUCCUCAAGACGACGAAUCCAAUCCUGCGAGGGGUGUCAUUGAUGGUUGUACGGGUAAAGGAAAUGCUGCAGUCCAGGAAAGCAAACUAUCCAACAAUGUGAGUGGUUCACGUGACAAAUCCGAAGGAGCUCAGAGGAGUGACCGAGAGAAAAACGUAUUACCACCAACUGAGGUCCCAGGCAGCAGUGAGAUCACCCUUUCAAACAAGGGAUACACCUUUACUAGUGUGAAAAAGGACUCAACCUACGCGCAGGAGUGUGGUGACAGGAAUGGUGUGGGUAUUAUUGGUGACGCAGAUUGA